GUCAGCAUGCCUUGGACCAGAGCCCAGGUGGAGCGUCACGCUGGUGGAGCAGAAACCAUAAUGGACCAGUACAACAUCGACGACCACCACUAUGAGGGUUCCCUGUUCCCGGCCUCCGCUCUCAUCCCGGUCACCGUCAUCUGCAUCCUCAUCUUCAUCGUCGGGGUAACCGGCAACACCAUGACCAUCCUCAUCAUCCAGCAUUUUAAAGACAUGAAGACCACCACCAACCUGUACCUGUCCAGCAUGGCGGUGUCGGACCUCAUCAUCUUCCUGUGCUUGCCCUUUGACCUCUACCGCCUGUGGAAGUAUGUGCCGUGGCUCUUCGGGGAGGCCGUGUGCCGCUUCUAUCACUACAUCUUCGAGGGCUGCACGGCGGCCACCAUCCUCCACAUCGCGGCGCUGAGCAUCGAACGCUACCUCGCCAUCAGCUUCCCCUUCAGGAGCAAGGUGGUGGUGACCAAACGCCGAGUGCAGUACAUCAUCCUGGCCCUGUGGGGGUUCGCGUUGGUUUCAGCCGCGCCCACGCUCUUCCUGGUCGGGGUGGCGUACGACAACGACACGCACCCCGACUACAACACGGGCCAGUGUACACCCACCAGCUACGCCAUCAGCUCGGGGCAGCUGCACAUCAUGAUCUGGGUUUCCACCACCUACUUCUUCUGCCCCAUGCUCUGCCUCAUCUUCCUCUACGGCUCCAUCGGAUGCAAACUGUGGAAAAGCAAAAACGACAUCCAGGGACCGUGCGCUUUGGCCCGCGAGAGGUCGCACCGGCAAACGGUCAAGAUCCUGGUGGUGGUGGUGCUGGCCUUCAUCAUCUGCUGGCUGCCUUACCACAUCGGCAGGAACCUGUUCGCCCAGGUGGACGACUACGACACGGCCAUGUUGAGUCAGAACUUCAACAUGGCGUCCAUGGUGCUGUGCUACCUCAGCGCCUCCAUCAACCCGGUCGUCUACAACCUGAUGUCCCGUAAAUACCGAGCCGCCGCCAAACGCCUCUUCCUGCUCCAUCAGAGGCCCAGGCAGGUCCACCGCGGACAGAGACAACUCUGCGUCAUUGACCACAUCUCCACCCUCAACGAAAGCCUAACGGGAGUCUGAGGAGCGUUACACUGUGACCGUGUUUU